AACCAAUCAAACUCCAGUUUGCUGUUACCAGGAAGCAGAAGACGCGAUACUGAAAUAUAUCCUAUGAACUGAAUGCUACUUGAGAAAGACGGGUUAAUGGACAGCAAAGAUUCAUGUUUACGGGGGAAUGUGCUUGUUGAACAUCAACAUAAGUUACAUGUCACUUAGCAUGCAACUGUCGUGGUCUCAGCAUAGCAGAGCUUACGUUAGCAGUGACAGCUACCAUUACCGUGGAAGUUCCAGUAGGCUAAUGUAGGCAGCUAGCUAGCUUAUAUAACCUAGCUAGCUAGGUUAACUUGUUAAAGCUAACGUUACAGCAUUGCUUAGCAAUGUUACGAACGUCGGUCCUAAAAUCAUAUUUCACCCACUUUAUCGAUUAACUGUUCUGUCUGUCCGGUAAACUAACGUUACUUUGAAACGUUGCUUAUCAAAAUGGCAAGCACCGUGGUGGGAGUGGGUACGGGUGUUUUCGUUAUAGCCAUCGUUUGGAUUGCAGCUCUUGUGUUUGGGAUGAUGCUGCUGAGAGCGUCUGGAUCUGCAAAGUUAGGCGUUAUCCCCGUUGGGUUUCUGGCUCUCACCAUCACUUUGGUGCUGGUGUUUUUCCCUCGCAGCCCAGAAACAACUCCCCCCUUCAAAGAGAUAGAGAUAGUGGACACUUUGUUCAUCGGCCGCUAUAUACUGCUGGCAGGGGCGGGUGCAGUCUUUCUAGUGCUGUUCUUCAUGCUGCUCCCCUUUCAUUUCCUGGAGCCAGUGCAUGCCAAGGCCUUAAGAACACACUAGAGCUGCCAGGGUCGGAGCUGGCAGAGGGAUCACACCGCUGAUGGGACGCAACUUACGACAAGCAGGGCUGAGCGGAGAGCCCCCACACAGAAUGCAUCCCAAACAGAAACAGCAGGAGAGCCCGUGCCAGUGUUUUCUUCAUAACUGUGCUUGUUGACUGUGUGUGUGUGUGUGUGUACAACCAACAGAAAGGAGAUAUCAAACAGUACCCCAGAUUGUUGUAUUUGUAUUGUUGUAUUGUAUGUUAUUUAUGUCUUAGUCGACUAAGAUUUCUUUAGCUGAUUAGGCAUUUUUUAUGCUUUUUUUUCCCAUGCUGAAUGACUUAUUUCAAGGCUUUUAAUGACUUUAAACAAGAUCUAAAGUGGU